UGUUCUCCCUGAAUCCAGUGUGGGGGCCAUGGCUGGGAAGGGCUGGGUUGGGCUGGGGCUGAUUUCCUGGGCCCUCCUGGGAGUUAUUGUGGCUCCCCAGCCUGGCUCCUCAGUUCCUGGUGCUUUUCUUACCACCUUGGCCCCCCGCCCGCAGAGUGAGGCGUCCAUGUUAUCUCUCAACCUGGGCCUCAACUUUAAAUUUCAUGUUCGGGGACCUGGAUCUGCCUGGGGAGGACUGGCCACCGAGACCCAGCCUCGACUCCAAGUUCUGGACCAGGGCCCUGAUGAUGGGGUUGGUGGGCUGAGAACCGACACUCUCCCUGGACUGUUGAUGAGUUCCCCAGAGUGGGGGUCUGCCGAGGGCAGUGCUGUCUCCAGUACCUCCACCCUGCCUUUGCAGUCCACCUCUCCUGACCCUCGGCCCAAAGAUGGCCUUCCUCUCCUGGGCACACUGUCCCUGGACACUCCCUUCCAAGCCACAGCCCCUCCACCCAGCACCCCAUGGCCCCACAAGGGUGAACUGGAACUGAAGUUUGACGUGGCACUGAGAGCAGGGGCAGCACCUACCCUUGGGCACAAGAUGCUGCCCUUGCUACCCAGCCUUCGGGCCAGCCUGGCAGAGAUAGCAGGACGCCUGGGUCCCUUUGGAUUCUUUGGCACUACCCUGUCCUCCCAGCUGGAGCCAGAUAACCUCACAAGCAGCAUCGUGGGCUCAAGUUCCUCUCCAAGCAAUGAUUCACUGGGGAGCGAACCCCCAGAUGUCACUCCCACCCCAAACGAGCCUUCUGCAGCCAGCCUGAGGAGCUCAUCGGCACAGCCAGAGUGUGGGGCCCAAGCCUGUGGCGCGGGGAACCUGCCUGAACCCGAGGACCCUGAGCCGGCGGCUCCAGUGCCGCCCAUUUUUCUGAACCUAGAGGCUGACUGGGCCUCCGCCCGAGCCCGAUGGGGGCUGGCGUGGGAGGCCCACGUGUACGGCGUGGGCGCGCUCUUCGGGCUGGUGGCCUUGUUGGCCCUGCUGAGUCUGGCCCUCCUGCCCUGGCGCUGCCCGCCGGGAGCCUCUUGCUUGGCUCUCCUCAAUCUGCUGCUGCUCUCGGCUGGCGUGGCCCGGGCCUUUCCCCUCUUCUACGAUGCCUACGGGCACAGAGAGCGGCUGCCCGCUCUGGUCCGCCUGCUGCUGCACGACCUGUCUCUGCCCUGCCUCUCUGCCUGUCUGGGGCUGGCCUGCCUGCUGCUGGCCCGCCCCCACCCCCCCCGCUGCCCCGGGGGCCUGGCCACCCUGCUCCUGCUGGUGCUGGGACUGUCCUCGGGGGCCACCAUGGCUGGAGCCGUCUCCAGACCCCUUCUGCCCCUCCUGCUGGCCGCCCGGGGCCUGGCCGCUCUCCUGGCCUCCCUUUUCUCAGGACUCCUGCUAGCUCUCUCCUGCCGCAGGAGCCGACGGAGGCCGGGGGGCCCUCUGGGGGGGGCCGGCCUCAAGGGCCCCACCCCAACUCCGAUGACCCGGGGCCCCUUUGCCCUGCCCCAGUCGUGGCAGCGGGCAGCCCGCACAGCCCCGGUGGCGGGGGCCUUCGGCCUGCUGAGCGGGGGGCUCCAGGGCUACAUGGUCUUGUACACUCUGGGCUACGGAGGCCAGCUGGGCCUGGCAGGGCCCUGGCCCUGGUGGGCCUUCCAGCUGGGGGUGCGGCUGGGCGAGGUGGGUGUGGCUCUGCCAUUAGCCCUGUUAGGGCUCUACCCAGCCCUCUGCAGUCCCCGCCUGUCCCAGAGGUGCUGGGCCAAACUGUUCCGCCUGUCCCCCGGUCACGGGGCCCCGCUGCUGCCCUCGGGCUGGGAACCAGGGCCCCCCAACAAGCCGCCCCCGGGGAAUGCCAUGGAGCGGGGGGAGGCUGAGCUGCUGCCUCUGUGUGCCCUGACCGGGCCCGGCCCCGACCUCCUCCUCCCCGGCAGCGGCCACCUGGGCAUCGAGGGGGUGGCCGCCAGCACGGCCCCCUCGGCAGCUUCUUCCCCAGGCACCGGCAGCGACUGUACCGUGGACUUCUGCCCGCCCUCCCCCAUCGACCUGCACCGGAGCAUUGCGGAGGCCCUCUGCAGCGAGGUCCUGAUGGCUCCGAGCUUUCUGCAGGCUCCUGUCUGCAGGGAGAGCCUGCCAGGACCGAGCCUCUCGGGCGCCGCCUCCAGGGAGGAGAGUUCUGGGCCCGGGACGGCCGGGGCCCAGGGGGCCGAGCCGCGCUCCCCAGCCCCCGUGCUGCCCUCCCCCGGGGCCUGGCUGGUGGGCAGCAGCGCCUCCUCGGGCUCCCUGUACGGACUCUCCAGGGACAGCUCCUCCAUGCUGCUCUGCUCCAGCCCGGAGAAGCCCCCUCGCUCUUCCCUGCCAGGCAUCUGCAGCACCCCCCGACCUGCAGGGCGGAGCCCCGGCCCCCCGGGCCCCGGGUGCUACAGGGCUCUGUCCCUGCCCUCCUGCAGUUCCCCCGAGAGAGCAGAGCUGGCCCGGGAAGAAGCCCUGCUGCAGGAGCAGUUCCUGGAUGCUUGCCGGCAGAUCGACGAGCUCAGCGUCAGCAGCGAGACCAUAGACCUGUGAGGCCGGGCAGCCCUCUUGCUGCCCUCCUCCUGCCCUGUUCUCCAGGCGUCCGCACUGCCCACGACCUGUUCACUGUAACCCUGCC